AUGACCAUGCCCGACACCGUUGACACUCCUGUUCCUCCGAACCCGCCCCAAACCGAACCCGCAAUCGAGAAUGCCCAUGCCACUGACUCGCCGCUGGACGGCACCGCUGCAACACCAGAGAAACCCGAGGCCGUAGUCGCGGCAUCGUUCUCCAAGGCAGAGCCCCAGGCAGAAGCCAGCAUCGACCUCAAAGCUCUCACCGACCGUGCCUUACACUUCUUGGCAACGGCGAGCAAUGAGACGCUGGGCGCUUGUCUCGCUGGCCUGGGCGCCGGUACCUAUCUCAUACUUGGACGCGUCGGCCUCGUGCUCAUAGGCGUCGUGGGCGGCGUAGUCCUACAUGCGACAUGGGAGGGCUACCACAACGACAGCCAGGGCGGACGGGGAAAGAGUGCCGAGGCCAGGAGACGCGAGCUGGGCGCCGACAUAGCACAGCGAGUCCUCGACUGGCGGAACUCUCACUCUCUUCAUGACACGUCCGAGAAGCAUGAUAGCUACGACCUCAACGUGCAGCUGUACUCGGGCAAGAAGCUCGACUACUCCGACUUCAGGCCGGAGACGGCGGCUGCGCUGACGGAGCUGACGGAUGCAGUCAUUCGUGACUAUGUCAAGUGGUGGUACUCGCCCCUACUGCCCACCGAAGAAUCCUUUCCCAACUCGUGCCGCCAGACCUUGACCGCUUUUGUGCUCUCCGUGUCCGCACACGUCUCCCGUAAGAGACCAGCAGACAACUUUGUUGACUUUGUGACGCGCUCCUCGUCCUUUCUCAUCAUCCUGCUGCAAGAGAUUGUCACCGCCAUACAGGCGUCCCCCGGUGAUUUCCCAACAGAGGCAGUUGAUCUAUACCUAAAGAUGAAGCGGGACAGCACGCUGGCCAACAUACUCGAUCCAGACUACCAGAUGAAGCAGUUCAGUGUAGCUGCAGAGGACAUACUCCAAAACUAUUUGGACCCAAAGACGUACAAUUGCGCGCCAGCACGCAUCUUCUUGCAUCAGAUACUGGCCAAGCUUGUCCUAGAAAUGAUUGUCGUGAGCUGUUCGAAGCCUGAAUCGAUCAAUGGAUGGAUUGUCCAGCUUUUGGAAGCAGGCGAGCCUGAACUUCUGAAUGCCAUCGAUGCAGGCGUCGAGGGCUCGUCUGGACAAUUGCCAAAUGCCACAGUGGAUGUAGAAAAAACACCGCAUAGCCGAGACAUGUCUUUGGCUCAAAAGAAGGAGCACAAACGCGUCGUGAGCAAGGCCCAGGAAGCCAUGGAUGAUGCCAUGCGGGAAGCUCAGCGUUUGAGCCAGAUGAUUGCUGAGGAGGACGCAAAACGCCUCCAAGAACAGUACAGACAAAGUGCAUCCACUUCGACACUGAAUGAUGAUCAGUCCGAGAGCACUACUCAGGGCAUUGUCACCCCGUCAUCUUCAGGCAGCGAUACACAUCAUGACUUCGAGCCUAACGACUUGGGUAUCUCAGGUCUUUCCAGCCCAUCAUCACCUCCACCCAGAUUGGUCGAGGAGCGUGCGAAAGAAGAGGAGGCGAAGCAGGCAUUUACCAACUUUGAUCAACUCGUGCUACCCCAGCCACCAACCGCGUUAAUGGACAAUGCCCCGCCUGCUGAAAGGCCGCCACCAUUGACACUGCACAACAGUAUAAUGUCGAUUUUUGAUGACAGCAUGCCUGGUGAAAAGGGUAACAUCAAGAGCAAACCUACCGCCGAAUAUCUGAUCCAGAUCGAGCCAAAGUCCAAUCACCACACAGGAUGGAUGACAGCACGCAAGUACAGCGAAUUUGAGACUCUACAUGAAGUCAUGCGUCGCAUAGCAGCCAUCACCGGAGCGACUGGAUUCAGUGAAGCACACCCCUCGUUGCCAACCUGGAAAGGCCAUACCAAGGCAUCUCUUCGUGGAGAGCUCGAACGCUACCUCAAUCACGCUGUGCAAUACCAGUCACUUGCUGAAAGUGAGGGCAUGAAACGCUUUUUGGACAAAGAACUCGGUUCUGGAAAGUCUCCUGGCGGCGGCUUCCCGGGAAUGAACUGGGCGGGUCAGACUUUCGAUACGGUAGGCAAAGGCAUGCUGGGUGUACUGACAAAAGCCCCUAAGGAGGUCGCUGGUGGUGGCAAAGCACUUUUCGGUGGAGUCAGCGGAGUCCUGAACAGUGUGACAGCACCAUUGUCAGGAAAGAAGAACCGUGAUUCGGUCAUCGCUACCAGCACUCCGACUACUUCUGCAAGCCCUGCUCUCAGUCGCACUUCAACGUCAACAGCGCCUACCCAGACUCGAGGUAGGGCACAGUCAACCGUUUCUGAGUUACCUACACAUAUUCGUUCAGAGAGCACCCUAUCUCUAGUAGCAACCAAGCGCACAUCAAUGGAUUCAGUGCGUGAUCCAAAUUCUCCUGUUAUCGAUCAACAACCAACACGAGAAGCGCCCAUGGAACGACGACCUUCUUGUAACCCCGAAGGCGAUGGCAAACGCUCCGGAAGAUCGUCAAGAUACGGCUCCAGGACCAACAGUCGUGCCCCAAGUACCCAUGGCAAGAUUGAAGACCUAAGCCCCAUGAUGGGUGGUGACCAAAUCCUGAACCUCCCGCCUAUGCCCAGCGAGAUCUCAGACGAUUACAUGUCGCGUGAUCCCCCCGAGCCCACACACAGCCAAAAACCAUCACGAACAUCCAUAGAUUCCACCCCUUCUCUACCCCGCCGUACCUCCACGACAUCCAUCACCCCAUCAUCGCCCUCAAAAUCCGCACUCAGAAGAACCCGCACAGACCCAAACUACACACCCCUUUCCGAGACCGAAACCACCGUCGUAAUUGAGCUCUUCUUCGCAGUCAUUCAGGAACUCUACACCCUCUCCUCCGCCUGGACCCUCCGUCGCACCCUCCUCAACGCCGCAAAAACUUACCUUCUCCGCCCUUCAAACCCUCAACUCUCCUCCAUCACUUCUCUCCUCCAAACCACUGUCCUCGACGAUAACACUUCCGACACGGGCAUCGCGUACCAUAUCCGCAAGAUUCGCGAGAACGGACUCCCCACCGAGGACGAGCGCAAGACGUGGCCUGAACCCAUGUCAGAGGAGGAGAAGGAGAAACUUAGGGUUAAAGCGAGGAAGUUGCUCGUUGAGAGAGGUAUGCCACAAGCGCUCACGAGUGUUAUGGGGCAGGCGGCGAGUGGUGAGGCGUUGGGCAAGGUGUUUGACUGUUUGCAGGAUCAAAGAGUUGCAAGGGGUGUCAUGUUUGGUCUUGUGCUGCAGGGUUUGAGGGCUGUGACGCAGUAA